AGGUGUAGGAUUAGUUACGUCAUCAUUAACUGUGUACACAUACGGGGUGUAAUUUGACUUCCUAUGACAAUAACAACAUAGUGGUUCUAACUAAAAUUACUGAUGUUUAACUUAAUAUCGCUUAUAUAGGUUAGGUCAUUCUGACGUAGGUAAUCUGCUGUGGCCCAGAUGCCUACCAUGAGCAGCCAACCAUUCAAUGUGCCAGGAGUCCCAGAGGAUCUUCGGUCGGAAGAAACCAUCAACCAGGUUGUGGACUCCCUGGAAUACCUCGAUAAGAUUGCCAACGAAAUAUUCAACAUGAUACACACUAGAGUCACUAGCAAUGGUGAUAAGUUGAGAAAAAUAAAUGACAGAGUAAAUCUUGCACAGGCAAAAAUUGAUAAAAUUAAAGGGAGCAAUAAGGCCACUAAAGUGUUUGCCUCAGCAAAAUAUCCUUCUCAUGGGGAUACAGAGUUUUAUGAGACAGUUUUCAAUCCUGAUCAAAAACUCCGAGAGCCAGCACGACCAAAUUAUCAUGUACAGUCAAAGCAUAAGACAAUGGAUGAAAGCAUCCUCAAGUCCAAGCUUCAGUACUACCAUGUGAAGUCCGGUCGAAGGCAGAAGAGUGACGAGACCAGAGGUGAAGGUCUUGGUGGCUUACCAAAGAAAAUUCCAUCUGUCAGUUCGCUCUUGCUCUUCAACACAUCCGAAAAUCCAUACAAGAAGUAUGUGAUGUUAGAUCCGCUGGGUGUGAUCACAAAGACUCGCACAGCUCUUGAAGAGGAGGAGUUGACAAUGGCCGAUGCUCCGAAAACGAUAAAAACCAAUGAGGACCUUCAGCGGCUGCAGUCAGAGAACUACUUUUAUGUUCCGGGCAUAGGAGAGGUGCCAGAACUCAAUGUGCCAAUUGCACUUCCGAACUUACUAGGUGUUGCUGAUGAUGUGACCUACAGUGCGGAGCAAGGUAGCUCCAUUGCUCCCUCUGUGAUAGGCAGUGGCAUCCCUGAGCUCCCCUCAGUGGUCCCAGAGGCUGGAACACUGCCUAUGGGGCCUACAUCCGCCCCAACAGGGGCUCCACCACCACCUCCACCUGGCCCUCCACCAUCUGGGCCACCUCCGCCACCACCUCCACCGCCACCAGGCCCGCCACCACCACCGCCUCCUGGUGGGGCACCACCACCCCCGCCUGCACCAGGCCCCCCACCACCCCCGUCAGCUGAUGUCCCUGCUGAGGUGGUUGCUGACGGCGGGAGGUCCAGCCUUAUGGAUGCUAUCAGGAAGGCUGGUGGGGCUGGUAAGGCAGGUCUCAAGAGUGCAAAGGAGAAGAAGGAUGAAGCUAAGAAGAAGAGAAAGGAAGAGAAGAAUGCCAGUGGUGGAUCUAGCAGUGGGGGAGUAAGCAAAGGGGGAGGGGAUCUGAUGUCGGAUUUAUUCUCCAAGUUGACCAUGAGACGAAGGGGUAUAUCUGGAGAAAAGAAGCCAGGGGAUAGCGGAGGCAGUGGAGGAGAAAAAGGGGAGAGCAUCACAGGAGGGGCCAACGGUGCCAUGGAUAAGAUUUCCUCUAUGAUUCCACCCCCGCCAAAAAUGGAGACUGUUGCCGAAAGAACGGGGGGAGAUGAGGAAGAUUGGGAGUAAUAAAUUAGCUAUAUUUCUAUUCAAACAUAUGUUGCAAAAUCUUCACUACUAAAAAUACCAACAAUCAUUGUUGUAAAGUGCCAAAGUUCAUUGUCUGUUCUGCUUCGCUUCUCACAAAAAUUAAAAAUUUGCCAGUUUAUCAUUCCUGUACAGUGUUAUUGCAUCCAUAUUAGAACCAUAUUAAAAAAACCAAGAAAAGCAUCACACAGUGUCAACUCUAAAAUUAGAUUAUAUACAUGGUAUAUAUAAGACAAUAGUUCACACUGGUUCAGCCAUGAAAUUAUUGGUGCUCUUUAAGUCUAUCAUAAGUGUGUUGCCGAAAGAACGGGGGGAGAUGAGGAAGAUUGGGAGUAAUAAAUUAGCUAUAUUUCUAUUCGAACAUAUGUUGCAAUAUCUUAACUACUAAAAAUACCAACAAUCAUUGUGGUAAAGUGCCAAAGUUCAUUGUCUGUUCUGCUUCGCUUCUCACAAAAUAAAAAAUUUGCCAGUUUAUCAUUCCUGUACAGUGUUAUUGCAUCCAUAUUAGAACCAUAUUAAAAAAACAAGAAAAGCAUACUGGAUUUAUUUGAAAGAGUGUAUACAUUUUGUCUAUAUAUUAAUUCAAUAUGUAAUUAUGUUGUGAUUAAGUUAUUGAAAUAAAUGUAUUUUAUGUU